ACACACUCGUUCUAAGUGACAGAAAAGGAGGAGGCAUGUGUUUUAACAAUCACACCAACCUCACGCAAUGCACGCAGCAACUCCACGACAGCACACGUCACACAAUGGGGCUGCGCUGCUAUAAAAAUGUGGGAUGCGAGCACGCGGCAUUCUCACCCCUCCCUCCCUCGUCCUCUCCUCUCCUCCCGCUCAUUAGGAGCUCAGGGAGCAUGAGAAGACGCAUCUAAGUGGACCUUCACACCGGUCUCCUGGACACGUCGAUGACCAGCGGAGGGUAGCUCUGCCUCUGAGAUUUCUGCGCAUUUCCACACACACAGCUGAGCAUCAUGACCAGAAAGGUGUUCACCAACACGAGGGAGCGCUGGCGCCAGCACAAUGUCAACACUGCCUUCGCCGAGCUCCGCAAGCUCAUUCCCACCCAUCCUCCGGAGAAUAAGCUGAGCAAGAAUGAGAUCCUGCGCGUGGCCAUGCGCUACAUCAACUUCCUCGUCCAGCUGCUGGAGAGCCAGAGCGGCCAGCCGGCUGGCCACUCCCCCACCGCCCUGCUCACCUUUCUCAGAGGAAACAUGGAGCAGCUGCACUCCCCUCCGCACCCCUGGGCCCUGACCAGUGACACCGAGGCUCCGUCACCCGGAUCCAGCUGCGACAGCUCGGAGGCCUGGUAGAGCCGCAGCUGCCCGUUUGAGAGACGAAACUCUGGAGUGAACUUCUGGACCCUUUUUUUUCCAGAGUUUCAACACUGAUCUUUCCUCUGUAAAGACUGUUGUGUCCCUGCAUUCAGUGCAGAAUGUGUGAUAUUCAAACGUGGCUGAAAUAUGAGCACCGCGUCUGUGUUGAAUUUAUGAAAUAUGAUUUGCAGGUGAAAUUGAUUUAUGUUCUGCAUGGAUGUGUAAAACCUGGAUGUACUAUUCCCCUCGUGUCUUUAUGUUAAUAUUCCUUGUUGCUGGCCUGCCUGGAACUAAUUUAGUUUUGCAGUAACGGGCUGUUUUGCCAAUGAGGAAAAUGGAGGGGAUUAAGGAAUUUCUCAUUUCGGGCAAUAGAUUACACAAGGCAUUUGAAUAGAUAAUGGUUCAGCCAAGACUGCAAAUCAUCUCAAAAUAACCAAGGGCACUUUUUUCUCCCCAGUCGACAUGCUGCCCUCCCUCCCCGAGAAGACUACAUGUGACCUCUCUUUUCAAUUAUCAAGGUUACGCGACUUCACAAAAGUCGAUCCUAAGAAAGCUUUUCCCCUCUUUCUGAUCCCUUUCACACGACGACAUCAGUAUUUGUUACUGUUUGGAUUGGAUUUGGGCAAAAUUGACAUCCCUCUCUCAGUAUUUAUACACAAAUACCUUCACUGGGUUUUCACUGGGUUAUUUUUGUAAAAUACGCAUGUCAUAUAGCCAAAGAUAAUAAGUUGAUUGUUAAGAGUGUGCCAAUUAUCUCCUUAUACCUCUUUUGUAAGUUAUUUUGGUUUGUUUGUGAAUAUAUAGCAUGUUAUUUAUUUGAAC